GGCCUUUCCAACCCCCCCCCCCCCACACGCGAAGUAGGUCACCAUGGCAAGCAAUUUCACCUACCACUACAUUUUCAAGUACAUCAUCAUCGGUGACAUGAGCGUCGGCAAGUCUUGCCUGCUCCACCAGUUCAUCGAGGGGAAGUUCGUGGCCGAGUGCCCGCAUACCAUCGGUGUCGAGUUCGGCACUCGCAUCAUCGAGGUCUCUGGCCAGCGCAUCAAGCUCCAGAUUUGGGACACUGCCGGUCAGGAGCGCUUCCGCGCCGUCACUCGCUCCUACUACCGCGGUGCCGCUGGUGUUCUGAUGGUCUACGAUGUCACUCGUCGCUCGACCUACAACCGCAUGAGCAGCUGGCUCACCGACGCGCGCAACCUGACUGCCCCCAAUACCGUGAUCUUCAUGAUCGGCAACAAGUCCGACCUGGCCGGUGACGACUCCUCCGAUCGCGAGGUGUCCUACGAGGAGGCCUCCCUGUUUGCGCGUGAGAACGGCCUCAUUUUCUGCGAGACCUCGGCCAAGAGCGGCGAGAAUGUCGAGGAGGUCUUCAUCCAGACUGCCAAGAAGAUCUUUGAGAACAUCCAGGAUGGCAGCACCGACCCCAAUGCCCCCGACACCGGUAUCCAGCCGAAGCAUGCGUCUGCUCCCCCGAAGACCGAUCCCAUCGAUGGCGAGGUCCCGGCCCGGGGCAAGUGCUGCUAAGGGGGAGGGGGCUGUGUGUGCGCGCGCGCGCGCGCGAGGGAAGAGGGCGCGCGAGGGAGCUCGAACGAAGAUGCGGCCCGGAGAGCUGGCACCCCCUCCACGGCACACUGUGUCUGCUGCUGCUGCUCUCCUCCCGGCUCCUAUCUCCCCAUCCAUGCUUCCCUCUCUGCCUUGUUGCCCUGAGGGGUACUGGUGAAGCGGGGGGCAUGGUGCUCACUCCUACCAAGCGCUAUUUUUAGC